AUGCAGAAGAUGUACCUCACCGCCAAUCUACUUAGGGCGGAUCUUGGGAAGUCGCGAGGACGUGAAAUGGAGUUGGAGACGGAGAACGCGAGACUAAGGAAGGAACGCGAUGCUGAGCGGGAGGAAAAGGCUCAGCUCAGGGCCGAGUUCGAAGCUUACAAGAGGUCUGUUGCGGUCAGGAAUGACGCCGCAAACACCUCUGCAGAGGACUACGGAUCGUCGAAGAGCGCAGGAGCAGGUGCAAGCCAGGCAACUGACGCAUCGAAAGCACCAGUUGCGGAGGAAGAUUUCUUCGUCGUGGUCGUUGUGUCUUGGCGCGAGGCCAAGACUGUUGCUGCUGCAUGGAAACUGUGGGUGCAGCCAAGCCUCAUCAUGGGCGGCAGGUCUCUGUGGGAUGUGUGUGCAGAGUUCGGCCGGGUUAAGAACAAGAACAACAGCUUCAUCACUGCAUAUUCCUGGUUCGCGGCUAAAGGUAAGCCCGACAUGACUGUGUCUGCAUGCGAGCGAAAGAUGCGUCGCAUGCAUCUUGUCAUGGUCGCCGUGGAGACAUUCAGAGAGGACAGUUCCGAGGCGGCGACCGCAACGGCCGUUAGGCUGCUCGACGAUUUGCUCCUCUUGUGCAACUUCACCGAAUUCACCAACCGCCUGGCGGUGUUGCAUGAUACUCCGCCCAACAAACGGCAGAAAAUCGUUUCGACGACUGAAAGGAGCACCGUCAACGACUUGGCACAAUGCAGAGUGAGCUGGCUGAUAGUCAGGAUGGGUCUGCGCGACAAGGAGUGGGGAACAUCGCUGUUUGGGGAUGAUGUGUGGAAGCAGAUCGACAAGGAACACCUGGCGAAGGAGAAGGCGGAAGAGGAGAAAAAACGAACUGCUGCGGCGAAGAAGGCGGAACAGGAAAAGGCGAAGGGCACUGCGUCAAAACGUUAG